AGUCAAUCAGUGCGGUGCCGGUAGUAACAUUGUCGUCGCGUGACUUUUCUUCUUCUAAUUAUGUACAAAUUUCAAACAGUUCCAUUAACGAAUGGAAAGAAUAUAUUGCAGAUUGAAGGAGAAGAUGACGUUUAUAAAUAAUCCAUUGCAGUUCUCUCCAUCUACGUAUGUAUAUCCCAACCUAUUACAAUGGACUGUUCCUGGUUCGCAGUGUACCUGACUCUAGGUUGUCUCGUUGCCGGAGUACUACCACAGUAUAGAGAGAAAAAUACCAGCACGGCCGAAAACGACGCGGUUCAAGCCCUCCUGGCCAGAUACCUUCAGAAACGUCUCCAAGGUACUCAACUGUCGACCCUGCCGCCACCAGCCGUCAUCUUCAACUCUCGUCAUCGGGCCAAAGUUCGUCAGGCCGGUGCUCAUCAGAAAACCUCCAACACUGCUGGAUUAACUCGUUACAAGGAUACUAGGAAGAACAACAAAGAGGACUACGUGGACGAUGAUUACGUGGACGAUCUUCAAGGGUUCGAAGACAGCGAUAGGAGUAGGACUAGAAUCGAUCUUCUUGCUGAUGACUGUCCAAAUUGCGUGGACGAACAGAGCAACACCUUGAGCACUUCGAGAUGGACGAUGCCGUUGCUGAAACUUGGGGAGAAACGAUACUACCUGGGUAUAUUUUUCAAGGCAAAUUGGUACAGAGCGUCGCAGUACUGUCGUUAUCAUGGUAUGCACUUGGCUAGCAUAGCAUCGCAAGAGGAAAACGAUAGACUGGAGAAACACAUCAAAGAUUUUGGCCUUGGACACGAACAUUUCUGGACGUCUGGUACCGAUCAAGCGGAAGAAGGAACCUUCUUUUGGAUGGCCAAUGGUCGGCCAAUCACAUUCGAGAAUUGGAACGUUGGCGAACCGAACAAUUUUCGAUACGAGAACGGCGAAGAGGAACAUUGUUUGGAAUUGUGGAAUAGGGACGGUAAAGGGUUGAAAUGGAACGACAGUCCUUGCAGCUUCGAAACUUUCUUCGUCUGUGAAGUGCAGUGAGGGAGAGAGAGAGAUUGGGUCGUCGUAACAUGAGCGAUAACAACCCACACACGCGCACGUACACACAUAGACGACGACACAUGUUAAAGGGUAAGAAGGACGAAUAGGAUAGACGUCGAGGAGACGUCGAAAAUGGAAGUAGGAAGGAUGGAAAGAACGAGAAGUCUGUCAGGCAAUUUUCAAACCUCCUUCGAGCUAACCCGGUGCCAAAGGUUUUCCCAGGAAUGUGUGUAGUCAGUCCUUCAUCGAUCACUUUGGUUUCGUUUACGCUUACGCGAGGCGGCGUACGGAAAGAAGGAGAAAAGAGUGGAAUGGGCACUUCCAAGGAAAUCUAUGGAGAAGAAAAGAGUUUCCGAAUUGACCGAAAAAACAAACAAAAAAAAACGUCACAGGAUGGAGAAGUGUUUUAUUGUCAACGUCGUGCCAGGGAAGUUCUUAUCGUGUAUUUUUUGGUGUUUUCACGUGUUCAACGAUCCGUGUGUGUAUGUGUGUGUGUAAAAAAAAGUGCGUGCAUGUCUCGUUGGUUUUAUUUUAUUCUCUCUAUUUUUU